AUGGCGCCGUCGUUCCCGCAAGGAAGGCCGCCAUCUUACGCUAAAUUGGGCACUGAGCCCCAUGAUCAUGAUGACAACUACGUGGCCGACCAGCAUCGCGCACAACAGAUUGAACGUCAGAGGCAGGACGAGAACCUGGACGAUCUGCAUACUGCUGUAAAGCGAUUAGGAGAUAUAAGUUUGAACAUUAGCACGGAGCUCGAGACGCAGAACAAAAUGCUGGAUGAUCUGAGCGACGACACGGACAAUGCAAAACAGGCACUGGAAAUUGUGACAAAACAGACACAGGAGCUUAUCAAACAAUCAGGCGGCAUGAAAAGCUUUAUCGUUAUUAUCGUGCUGGUGCUUAUCCUGCUCCUGCUGACGUACUUGGUGAUCAUGACAUGA